AUGAGAGAUAAGUACGACACGUGUUAUGACAACUUGAGAGACAUCCGAAAUGCAUGGGAUAUUUACACGCAUUACAACGAUAUCACUGAUAAACUGAAAAGGAUAGGUCCUGCGUCUACUCAAGCAUCCGAAUUAAUAGCCGAGCAACGGCAACUGGAGCUAGCAUUCGAGGAAUACGGAGCUCUCGUAGAUACUGGAUCUCUGGGAGGGAUCAAUUGGGACGCGUGGGAUAUACUUUGGAUGCUAGAGUCAGUUAAAGAGGGCAGGAUGAAGUCGAAAGAUAGACAUAAUGCGAAAACACCUUCGUCAGGGAGAACCGACGCUAAGGAACCCACACCACCAGCGCAGGCACCCAAAGCAAUUGACACCCCACCCAAACCGCACCCAAGCAAAUCAGAGGAACCUGCACCCAAACCACCUACAUCUAAGCCAGAGGAGACGACACCAAACACACCGGAGGAGCCUAUGCCACCAUCACAAGCACCUGAGUCGCAGGCCAAAGCAGCAACACCACCACAGGAAGUCAAGCCCGAAACCGAAAAUACCAAGACGAGCGAAACCACAAUACCAGAAAGAGAACCCAAUGGGCCCACAAGUACACCAAACAGACACCCAGGCAAAACAGAGGAGGCAGUAAGCACACCCUUUACUUAUCCUACCGAGGCAAAGAAAUCCGCACCCUUACAACACCCAACCAAGGCAAAUGAUACCACACCUCCACCACAGGCAAGCAAACAGCAGGAACCUACACCCAAGCUAGAGCCAACAAGUAUGCAGGGCACGGGUGGAGGGAAAACCACAGGUGGGCUGGAUACAUCACAAACCACAGAGGGAAAUGUCGGCAAUAUACGUGACACGAAGGAUAGUAAAAUGUCAUCGGGGCAUCUGAUAAUAGGAAGAACGGUUAUUCAAAUCAUGGUAGCUGUUGUUCUAAUGGCGGCCCUAUGA